GUUGACCGCUCGUGACGGCGGGGUUCGCGCAGCCGCAGUGGCGCGCGGGCGGCCGAGAGAGGAAGAGAGACCGUCAGUCAGUCGGCCUUCGGCAACAAGAGUAAAAGGAAAGAACACAAACACACACGCCUCCCAGCUUUCACCUGCUCUCGCGGCCACUCCGACCUCGGCGGGCCGCCAUGACUGCUAAAACACGGCAGCAGGAGGACCAGGGGGAGGAGAUCAUGGCUGACUCGUCGCAGGUCGUGAAGAUGGCGAAGAAAGCCUUCCUCAGUGGAAAAACAAGAUCAAUCAAGUUCAGGGAGAAGCAACUCAGGCAGCUACUGAAGAUGUAUGAAGAAAAUGAAGAUCAGAUUUUAUCAGCACUUGCCACUGACCUUUGUAAGCCGAGACAAGAAGCAAUCACAACAGAGUUGGAGGUAUUAAAAAAUGAUCUACUGCACAUAAUAUACAAUUUUAAGGACUGGGCAAAAACUGAAAAGCCAAGCAAGAGUGCCGUGAACAUCCUGGACGAAGUGAGGAUACUGAGGGUUCCGUACGGCACGGUGCUCGUGGUGGGGACGUGGAACUACCCCUUCCUCAUCUCCCUGCAGCCCCUCGCCGGAGCGAUCGCCGCCGGCAACACGGUGGUGGUGAAGCCGUCGGAGCUGGCGCCUGACUCGGCCGAGGUCAUGGCGAAGCUCGUGCCCAAGUACCUGGACCCGACCUGCUACCACGUGGUUACCGGAGGCGUCCCGGAGACCACGGAGCUGCUGAGGGAACGCUUCGACUACAUCUUCUACACGGGCUCCACGGAGGUCGGCAGGAUAGUCCACAGGGCAGCCAACCAGCACCUCGUCCCGACCACACUCGAGUUGGGGGGGAAAAGCCCCGUGUUCCUGGACAGCACGGCAGACCUGGACGUGGCGGCACGGCGCCUGCUGUGGGGCAAGUGCGUGAACGCGGGCCAGACGUGCGUCGCGCCAGACUACCUGCUCUGCUCCAAGCAGGUGCAGGCGGAGUUCGUGGCGAGGGCCAAGGCCCUGCUCAGGGACUGGUACGGCAAGGGGGCCAUCGGCUCCCCGGACUACGGCCGCGUCGUCUCCGACAAGCACUACUGGAGGUUAACGAAACUACUAGAGAAUGCUUCAGUAGCAGUUGGGGGUGAGACGGAUGCCUCUGUGAGGUUCAUUGGUCCAACAGUUCUCGUAAACGUGAAGCCUUCGGAUCCUGUGAUGCAGGAAGAAAUAUUUGGGCCCAUCAUCCCCAUUAUCAUCGUGGACAGUGUUUUUGAAGCCAUCGACUUCAUAAAUAGCCGGGAGCACCCACUGACACUACACAUCUUCUCAAAAGACCGGACAGUGCAGGAGAUGAUUGUAUCCAAGACGAGAAGUGGGUCGGUGUGCAUAAACGAAACACUGCUGCAGAUGUGUGUGUCCAGCCUGCCGUUUGGAGGCGUCGGUUACAGCGGAAUGGGAGCAUACCACGGCAGGCACAGUUUCGAAACAUUUUCACACAAGAGGAGCGUCUUUGUCAAGAACUACAACAGGAUAGGAGAAAAGCUUUCUGCAUCCCGCUACCCCCCGUAUUCUGAGGGCAAGACUUCGUUCCUCAAGUUCUUGCUGAAACACAGACGCGGAGUCAACCUGAGCUGCAUCUCGUACUUCGUGGUGUUUGCCCUCGGAGUGGCUGCGGCAUUCGCUGGAUCAGCUCUAGCACAGGUGAUCUCUGCCAAUGAAGAUGAGACUUGAAUCAAUUGGAAUUCCACAUUUGACUUGAUGUUAAUAGUCUCUGAAGUAUUAUGCACUUUAGAAAUUACUCUGAAACUACCUGGCAAAAACUGUCAUGUUAUUUUGAUUGGUAGUUUAUUCACCACAUUCACAUUUUUGUAAGUUAUUUGUACCACACUAUUAUAGAUAAAGUUAUGUUCAUACAAACAAAAGAACAAACCUAUGUCUAAAAGAAUAAAUAUACUUUUAAGUUUCUGCACCAGUUUUAUCAAAUGACAACUUGUAGAUGAGGAAACCAGAGCUGCUACAUCUAAGAAAACAAGAUAGGUACCAAAUGGAAAGGCUGAAUUACCAGCAUCAAUUUUUUUUGUUUGAAACUGAAUGCCAAAUCAGUUUUAGUCCUACUGGUAUCUUUUGCAAAAAUACUCUGAAAAAAUUUACUUGUUGCCUUACACAGUUUUAUACCAAUAAAGAUCCAUUACCUCAAUGUAUGCUUAGUUCUUUGACCAAAAUGGCACCCCCUUAAAAUUGGCUCUUCAUUUAACUCUGUCAGUUAUAUAAAUCCACGCUUAGGAGAAAAAUUGAGAGAAAAUUAUUACUGAGUUGACACACCACACUAAAUGUAAAAAGGGGCCAGUAUAAAUUCAGUACUAACAGUUAUGCCAACCUUCAAUGUGACUUACAAUGAAAAUCAUUUCAUUGCAUAUAUUCACAAGUGUGUAGUUUUCUGACAUACCCUAACUUAAUCAAAAUAUUUAGUUUGACAGUUGAAUAUUCUUCCAUUAUUUCUGAGCAAAAAAAAAAGCGAAAGGAAUAAUUUUGUAUUAAAUGAUAGCUUGGUGCCUAACAUGAAUCUGUCAAAAAAGUAAACUCAUUCAUAGGACAGACUAGAACUUUUUACUUAAUUAUUUUAACUUUAAUUAUCAUUAUUUAGAUAAGAAUUUUAAGCAUUUUUAAUAGCAAUAAAGUGUUUCAUGCUACUGAAAAAAGGUUUCUUAUAAGUGGGUAAAGGCAUCAUCAUAUCUCGUUAAUUUUAUUUCAAUCAACUCGCUUGAAUAGUGCUAACAGUCCACUAGAAUAAGUCUCUUUCAAUCAUGUAUGUCAUCUGGCAGGUACAAUACUAGACAGAAUAGAAAAAAAUAUUGGAACUGAGAAAGAUUCUUUGAACUUAAGACUGCGAUUGUCAUUUUGUCUGUUGGCUCCCAGGAGUACCAUAGGUCGAGCAAAUGCUUGAUAAUAUAGUACAUAUUGAACAAACCAUGGCUUACUAGCAGGAAGGUAUUUCUGGUACAGAAAAAAAAAUAGACUGAUAUGUAAACUUAAGAAUUAACUCAAAUAUAAUACUUUUGAAACUGGAAUAAAUUACUUUAACCCUGAAAAUCAAGAUAUUAAGGUGUCUUGUCAACUAGGUAUGUAUUUGAACUUGAAAUACACCAAAACACUCUUUAAUAAAACUGUAUAGUAAUGUUUAACACAAAUAUAAAAGCUGUGAAGUAUUACUUACAAACCUAGCCUAUGGUAACAUGAUUAAUUUUCUGCUGACACGAACGUGGCAACACGCGUCAUGUUUAGUGUACAUAAAUUGCUCAAUCUACGCCGCCUCAAAAAUUAUAAAGUUGUGUAAUAAGAGUAGUGCGUAGCAUAAUUUUGUAUUUUGUGGAAUAAAAUGACUUAAAUAAAUACUA